UUAUUUUUAGACCCCAGUGAGGCGCAACAGCAGCUGAAUGAAGUUCAGCGAAUCCGAGGAUUUUUGCGGCCGGGCGGAUUCACAUUAAACUCUUUCCUCGCGUCGCCAAUACAUGGAGCCUGUUCCAAGCGACUGGAUGAUUGUGACUCGCUGUAUGUCGGCCGAGUUUGAAUUGUGUUACGUGGAGUAACCGGUUUAAUAAGGCGCGCUUGUUUGAACAUUUCGGCAUGAUACAAACCUACUAUUAACUACGUGUUUACAGUCAUCCGUCCCCAAAUUCUCAUCGCAGGAUACCUGUGGAUUGUUCGAGAACAUGUAGCCUUCAUGAGUGGGUUGACAGUGCGUGUCAUUAGAUGGGGUCUUGUGAGUUUAAUAUACAGCACAGUCAAUGGGACGUCAGUCAGACUAGAAAACAUAUAACGUUAGGGCACAUUCAGUCACUGUAAACGCGGCUCGACCUGCUUUGGAAAUGUCGGCGAUAUCUGCGUCCGAGAAAGUGGAUGGAUUCACGCGGAAAUCGGUGAGGAAGGCUCAGAGGCAGAGGAUUUGUCAGGGCUCGUCUCAGUUUGCGGCGAGCAGCAGCAGGCCUGCGGCUCCGGAGAUCUCUGCGCUCCCGCAGCUCAAAGAUGCAUCUUCCACACAGCAGCAUGAGCUGUUCAUGCAGAAACUACAGCAGUGCUGUGUAUUGUUCGACUUCUAUGACACGGUGACUGACCUAAAGAGCAAAGAGACCAAACGCGCCAUUCUCAGUGAACUUGUGGAUUAUGUGUCCACUAACAGAGGUGUUCUGGUGGAGCCUGUCUACCCUGAGAUCACCACCAUGGUUUGCACAAAUAUUUUCAGAACGCUUCCACCCAGUGAAAACCCUGACUUUGACCCAGAGGAAGACGAACCCACUCUAGAAGCCUCCUGGCCACACAUGCAGUUGGUGUAUGAGUUUUUCCUUCGAUUCCUAGAAAACCCAGACUUCCAGCCAAGUACUGCCAAACGCUACAUUGACCAGAAGUUUGUGCUACAGCUCUUAGAACUGUUUGACAGUGAAGAUCCUCGUGAGAGAGAGUUUUUAAAAACGAUUCUGCAUCGCGUCUACGGGAAGUUUCUGGGUUUGCGUGGGUGUGUUCGGAAACAGAUCAACAACAUAUUUCUGAGAUUCAUCUAUGAAACUGAGCACUUUAAUGGAGUUGCUGAAUUCCUUGAGAUUCUGGGCAGUAUCAUCAAUGGCUUUGCUCUGCCGCUGAAGGCUGAACACAAGCAGUUCCUCAUGAAGAUCCUUAUUCCCCUGCACACUGCCAAAGGACUGGCGCUGUUCCACGCACAGCUGGCCUACUGUGUGGUUCAGUUCAUAGAAAAGGACCCGACCCUCACUGAAGUGGUACUGCUCACCUCAGCCUCACACUACACACCACACAGUCCUCCCAUCGUAGCAGAAAGAGCACUGUACUUCUGGAACAAUGAAUACAUUCUGAGUCUAAUCGAGGAGAAUAAUGCCAAAAUCCUUCCCAUCAUGUUUGGAAACUUGUACCGGAUCUCCAAAGAACACUGGAACCCGACGAUCGUGGCCCUGGUGUACAAUGUAUUAAAAACACUGAUGGAGAUGAACGGCAAACUGUUCGAUGAGCUGACGGCCUCAGACAAAUCUGACAGACAACGAGAGAAGAAGAAAGAGCAGGAGCGGGAGGAACUGUGGAGGAAGCUGGAUGAACUCAGACUUCAGGAGAGAAUAGCCAUCCAGAAUAACAGGCAUGAGAUCCAGUUCACUUACAGCAACAACAACCACCUUCACGAUAAGGAUGAAAACACAGCAGCAGCCGUUACAGACAGAAUUGAGAGUGACACCUGGGCCAAAUGACACUGCCCUCUUUUUCUUUACUCAGUGUUUUACAGAUGUAAACCAGUGUAGAGAGCAGUAAGGAUAUGGCCUUCAGCAAUAAUCAUUUUUAAAGAUUUUAAACUUUUUUUUUUUUUUCCAAAAGCCUAUGUAAAACUAAAUCCAAAUGCUAUUUUCUCCUGCUAAAGGAUAAUAUAUUUUCUGUAUGUAAGUCUAUUUUGGAUGUAAAGUGUGGUUAUAGUAAAUGAUACAUUAUUGUCUAAUCAAAGACGUACGAUUUUCACCUGCAUUGCAAGUUAGCGAGUUUUCACGAGUGAAAUUCUGAAAUUUCAAUAGAAACCCGAGCGUUCAGGAAUUUCGUAUUAGGAUGAAAGAUUUCCUAGCAGAUUUCGCAACGGGUUCAAGUUGGUCAUGUGGAUUCACCAUGUUGACCAAUAGAAAGCUGCUUGUUUUAAAAAAAAGAUCUAAUGUGUGAGAUGUGCUCAGUACAUCGCUACACUACUGAUAAUAGAUGAUGGACCUUUUCUCUGAAAUUUCACUAAUGUGACUGCAGUUUUAAUCAGUACUUUUGCCUUU